AUGCCGGUCGCGGCCGAGGCCAAGCCCGGGAAGGCACCUGGAAUGUUGCCACGCCCGACAGAACAAAUCGAUGCACUGGAACCAUCGGAUAGCCGGCAGCCAUCACCCUUGCCCUUGCCUCCACCAACGCCUGAGAGCGAAAAUCAUGGGUUCAAAGUGCUAUACCAGGGCAAAGGACCCGUUGAAGUGGACAUCGUUGCCGUACAUGGGUUGAAUGGGCAUCGAGAACGAUCCUGGACCGCAGCAAACGGUACAAAUUGGCUCCGCGACUUGCUGCCAAAAGAUAUGCCCAGCAUUCGGGUGGCCUCAUGGGGCUGGAGUUUACCAAUCGCAGAGAAGUCAUCUGAAAGAACUUCACAACAGGCAAUAUCCGAAAAGCUGAUCCACGACUUGUGGGAGCUAAGAUCGUCGACAAACACAAUCCACCGUCCGAUUAUUUUCAUCGCACAUAGUGCGGGAGGUCCAAUAGUCAAGAGUGCUCUGGUAUACUCCAAAUCGGCACCCACAGGCCCCACUCAAGACCUACACAGUAUCAAAGGCUCAACACGCGGGGCGAUUUUCCUAGGAUCCACCGAGCUAGGCUCAAGACUUGCAGGGUUAGAGAAUUACCUGACUAGCGCGCAAGGCUCCGACCAGGAGUCGAGUGAAGUAUACCAAGAAGCGCUGUGGCUGGUGAACACUUUGCACCGGUACAAUGUUAUCAGUGAUGGUAUCUGGACGUUAUCCGUUCACGAAAGACCUGGGUCCUCAAGUUCGGAGACCAAAUGGGACGAGGGCAACUGCUCACACAUUUUUUCCAGAGCUGGCCACGAUGAUAUGAUCAAGUUCGAAAGGUUCACCGAGGAGGGUUAUUUACAGAUCAAAGAGCAUUUAAUGUUCGUUGAUCUGAAUACAGAAUUUGGUGCCUAA